AGUGGGAUGUUUUUCUUUUCCACUAGUUAUAGUUUACAUCAUAGAAUUGUCAUCUAGAUAUACAUGAGGAAGUUCAACGAAGGAUGGGAUAUUUUUUUCCCCACUAACUAUAGCUGAUAUUGUUGAAUUGUCAAUAUAGGUUCUUGUGUUGGAAUUUGUAAUCUUUUCAAGAUUUUUUUUUCCUUCACUUAAGGUCUGGCAAGGAGUAAUUUUUGUUAUCUAUGCUAUAUUCCCAACAAUACAUUAGAUCAGGCCUUUCCAUUCUAUGUUUCCUAAGUUCUGGUUCAUUAGCUUGUGGGAUUAAUGGAAUGCAAAACAACAAAAGAAGUUUCUUCUCAAUCUUUCAUAUGUAAUAAUGAUCUUUAUUUUCUUUAAUUCUGUCUUAGUGUUAUUGGCAUGAUAAACUUGUGGAAGUUCAAUCUAGUAAAAAAAAAGCCUUCCUUGAAACUUGGUUUGCUGCUUUAGAAAUUUUAAAUAUGAUUUGAUUUCUACUUGCACGAAACUAAAAUGAUGAUUCUACCUUCAAAUUGAAUGCCAUUGUUUUUGUCUGUGGUUUAUCUCUGGUACGUCUCCUUCUUUGAAUGAAAUUCACUUUCUAUGUAAUCUGAUUUUGAGUUCAUUUGGUGAAGGUCUAUACAAAAGUCUAUACUUCGUUGUUGACCUUGCUUCUUUGAUUGGUUGUAUAGGUUUCCAAGUAAUGGCUUCACUAGAUGAAACUUCUUGGUUGCAAGGCCCCUGGCUCAGCCUCGUAGUCUGAUUCUUUCAGUCUUGGUACUUCUUACAGAAGUUUGUUUGAUUUAGCAAAAAAGAAUGGAGGAAGUUACUAGCUCUUGGGUGAGGAGGACAAAGUACUCGCGCACUGUUUGCCACCGUCUUGAUUCAUGUCAAUCACCACUGUCUGUGAUCACCAUCCAAGCGGACCAAGAAUUGAAGCCAAAUAGCUUGGGCAAAGAUUCAUCUAAAUUAUCAUCACCACUCUCUUCCUCCAGUACCAUUGACAACUUUGUAAGACAAAAGCCUACUCGCUCAAGAUUGUAUUCUUCGAAUUCACUGCCACCUCAAUUUUCUUUGCAGAAUGAUGGUAAUAGCAGGUUGAAGCCAAGGAGAACUAGUUUGGACUUACCACACUUUUCUUUCUUCCCUGAUCAAGAUCAGAAAUCAAAAAUACAGCACUCUUUGAGGAAUGCUCAAACGGAUUUUCAUUCUCAUAAAUCAAGUCUGUUUAGACAUAAAAUUCCAUUGCUGUCUAAGCCAAAUCAAAGGUCUUUGUCCCCUAUUCCCACUACUGUCCUCUCUGAUACCUUUAAGGAAGCUAGAGCUGAUGAAAAGAGAUUCUCUACACCACCCCCCACCAGGAAAGGUUCUGAAAAGAGUAUUUUUGGGAAUUUGUUCUCAAAAGAAGCAUGUGAUCGUCGGUUUCUCAGUUCCGUAACUCCUGAGAUGAGUCCAAGCCAACAUUUUCAUCACAGAGGGAAGGCUAUUUCUGUGGUAACUACAAAUGAGUGGAUGGUUGAUCUUUCAAAGCUGUACCUUGGGCAAAGAUUUGCCUUUGGAGCUCAUAGUAGUUUAUAUUAUGGUAUCUACAAGGAUCAAGCUGUUGCAGUUAAAAUUAUCAGACAACCUGAGGAUGAUGAAAAUGGAGUGAUGGCUGCUAGACUUGAAAAGCAAUUCACUAGGGAAGUCACUCUUCUUUCUCAUCUUUAUCAACGUAAUGUGAUAAAGUUGGUAGGGGCAUGUAAAAAACCACCUGUCUUUUGCAUCAUCACAGAAUAUCUCUCUGGAGGCUCCUUGAGAACAUUCCUUCACAAACUGAAGCAUAAACCACUUUGUUGGCCAAAACUUAUUGCAAUCGCUCUAGAUAUUGCCCGGGGAAUGGAAUACAUUCACUCCCAAGGUGUUAUUCAUCGUGACUUGAAACCAGAGAAUGUUGUCUUUGAUCAAGACUUGUGUGCUAAAAUUGCUGAUUUUGGAAUUGCCUGUGAGGAGGCAUAUUUUGAUAAACUGGCAGAAGAUCCUGGUACCUACCGUUGGAUGGCGCCUGAGAUGAUUAAACAUAAGCCUUAUGGACAUAAAGUUGAUGUGUACAGCUUUGGCCUAGUUCUUUGGGAGAUGGUGACAGGAACUAUUCCUUAUGAAGAAAUGAUGCCUAUCCAAGCAGCUUUUGCUGUGGUUGACAAGAACCUGAGGCCAAUCAUUCCCUCUGAAUGCCCAGCAGCCUUCCGAGCUUUGAUUGAGCAAUGUUGGGCAUUGCAUCCAGAGAAGAGGCCUGAGUUCUGGCAGAUCGUAAAGAUGUUAGAACAGUUUGAAUUCUCUCUUGCUCAAGAUGGAACACUUGACCACAUAGCAAACCUACCAUGUCAUGAGCGCAAGAAACAGCUGGUUAACUGGAUCCAAAAGCUUAAACCCUUGCAAGCUGAUUGUUCAGGACACAAGAUGAUGCCUAAACUUAGGAACAAGCAAUCUUAAGGAUGACAUGCCAUUGUAAAAGAUAUCAAAACUCCAGUUAUAAACAUCUCAAAUUCCUUGAAGUUGUGUGUUUGGCCGGCUUAGCUGUGGUGACAACAAGGUCUAUUAUAUGAUUAAUAAAGUCCAAUUUACAAUGAUGCUUUGUGAACACUUCAAAAUGAACCAUCUUGUCCAUGAGCUUCCCCAGCCUCUCUGCCCCCUGCCCGGGUUUAAGCAAUGAAGAAUCC